AUUUGACCUUGAGUGGUCUUGAAUGACACAUCUAAUCUGCUAAUGUAAGUUAUAUGAAUAAAACAUUGGUUUAAUAAAAGAAGGCAUUCUUUUGCGAGAGUAUUGUGCGAGAAGUAAGUUUAAAUGGCAGAAAGCAUUUUGAAAAUGUACGAUUAUUUGGUGAUCGGUGCUGGAUCUGGUGGUUUGGCGAGUGCAAGACGUGCUGCACAAUAUGGUGUUAAAACUGCAAUCAUUGAACAUGGUAGACUUGGAGGAACUUGUGUAAAUGUUGGUUGUGUUCCAAAAAAGGUUAUGUGGUAUGCUGCAUCAAUGGCUGAAAUAGUCAGAUAUGGAUAUCUCAAGGACUAUGGUUUAAAUGUUCUUUCACAGGAUGUCAAAGUUGCAUGGGGAGAACUAAAAAGAAAACGAGACGCGUAUAUAAAAAGGCUCAAUGGAAUCUAUGCAAAAAAUCUGGAAAAGGCUGAAGUUGAGUUAAUUCGUGGCAAUGCAACGUUUACUUCUGAGGGGAACGUGAUAGUCGAUGGUAAACAGUAUAAUGCAAAGCAUAUUCUGAUUGCUACGGGAGGACGGCCUACCGUACCAGAAUUUCCAGGUUGUGAACAUUGUAUCACCAGUGAUGGUUUUUUUGAGCUCGAAGAACUUCCAAGAAAAAUAGUGGUAGCUGGUGCUGGGUAUAUUGCUGUGGAACUUGCUGGAGUUUUGAAAGAGCUGGGUUCAGAUGUUACACUUUUAAUACGCAGAAAUAAAGUGCUUCGCAGCUUUGAUUCCACUAUAAGCUGUAAUGCUACGGAAAAUCUCAUUAAAGCUGGAGUGAAAGUUAUGACAACAAGCAAAAUUUCGUCAGUAAGUAAGGAUAGUACAUCGGGGUUGUUGUCAGUUGCUGUUGAACAAAUAGGGGGAGAUAAAGUGGAAAAUAUUGCUGAUAUUGAUAAAGUAUUGCUGGCAAUUGGUAGAUCACCCAAUACUGAAGAGUUGAAUUUACCUGCAGUGGGUGUUAACCUUGACAGUCGGGGAUUUGUUCAAGUUGAUGAGUUUCAGAAUACUUCAAAAGCAAAUAUUUAUGCUCUUGGUGAUGUAUGUGGGAAGGCCUUACUCACUCCAGUCGCUAUUGCAGCCGGCCGUAAAUUGUCGAACCGCUUGUUUCAUGGCGAGGUAAACUCAAAAUUGGAUUACGAUAAUAUACCAACAGUGGUAUUUUCUCAUCCACCUAUUGGGGUUAUUGGUAUGACGCAAGAGGAGGCUAUUAGUAAAUAUGGUAAAGAAAAGAUUAAAGUCUAUCAAACGUCCGCGACUGGCAUGUUCCAUGCUUUGACCGAACAUAAAUCUAAGACCAUAGCGAAACUGAUUUGUCUUGGUGAAGAAGAAAAGGUGAUCGGUCUCCACAUCAUUGGAAAUUAUGCGGAUGAGAUGUUGCAAGGAUUUUCUGUUGCUAUAAAAAUGGGGGCUACAAAGAAAGACUUUGACAACACUGUUGCCAUUCACCCGACUUCUGGUGAGGAAAUUGUCACCCUUACCAGUGCUGAUCUCCUUACGGUCGAGUGAUUUCGUAUAGAGUGACUAGUGGAAUUCUAGCCUGAAUGAUUUAGGACGAUUUAGGAUGUAUUAUCUCUAUAGUUGGCUAUAUUCAAGUAGUCACCGUUUUAUCAUUUCAUACGAUUGUAUUUGGCGUUAUCGAUAUGAGCAAAUAAACGUAGUCUCAUAGUAGAAACUAGUUACAUAACUUACGUCGUAAUUAUCUCUUGUGAGUUGUCCCCGCAAAUUUUCUGAACACCUGAUUGUAGCAUUCC